UCCAGAUUUGAAAGUAGUGGAAAAGUUAGACAGUUCUCUUUUGGGAAGAAACUGAUUGUAGUUUAUUCAGAAGUCCACAUUGUUUCAGAUCUCUAAGCAGAUGGUACGUGAACAAUACACUACAACAACACCAGGCACUAGCCUAGAGAGGCCGAAGAAUGAAUAUGUCUACAAAAUUGGAAUUUAUGGCUGGAGAAAGCGAUGCCUCUACUUGUUUGUUCUCCUCCUGCUUAUCAUCCUAGUUGUGAAUUUUUCUUUGACAAUUUGGAUUCUUAAAGUGAUGUGGUUUUCCCCAACUGGAAUGGGACACCUGCGUGUUACAAAAGAAGGUCUUCGUCUGGAAGGAGAAUCAGAAUUCUUAUUCCCUCUUUAUGCCAAAGAAAUCCAUUCUCGAGUGGACUCAUCACUGCUUCUCCAGUCUACUCACAAUGUGACUGUGAAUGCUCGCAAUUCAAAUGGCGAAGUCACAGGCAGAUUAAAUGUGGGUCCUAAAAUGGUAGAAUUCCACGGUCAGCAAUUUCAGAUCAACUCAAAGGACGGCAAGCCACUUUUUACAGUGGAUGAAAAUGAGGUUGUAAUUGGCACAGAUAAACUUCGAGUCACAGGGCCUGAAGGAGCACUUUUUGAACACUCUGUAGAAACACCACUUGUGAAGGCAGAAGCUUUUAAACAGCUUAGGCUGGAAUCACCGACUCGAUCUUUGAGCAUGGAUGCACCACGAGGAAUUAAUAUCAAAGCGCAAGCUGGGAAUAUUGAAGCUCUUUCCCAGAUGGAUAUCAAACUACAUAGCAGUGAUGGUGUGCUUUUGCUUGAUGCUGAAACUGUACGACUCCCCAAAUUGCCUGAGGGUACAAGGGGUGGAUCCGGUAUUUCUCAGGGGCUUUACGAAAUCUGCGUGUGUCCGGAUGGAAAGCUCUACUUGUCAGUGGCCGGCAUGGGCUCCACUUGCCAAGAAUACAGUCGUGUCUGCCAGUGAGGCACCAGAAAAGGCCACACCCCCCCUUGCUAAUCUCAAUUUUAUAUUGUUGCUAAAGAGCAUUACUGAAAGCAGAAUUUUCAGAAUUUUAAAAACAAACUACUUCAGUUUAGGAAACAAAUCUGUAUCUACAAUUCUGGACUACAGGGUGAAAGGGGAAGAAGAGCACAAAUGACAUUUCAACUUCAGAAGAAUGACUUGAAUCAAAUUAUAUGUUCUGUCAGUAACACUUUGAAAACUGCCUUACAGAGAGCAUAAAAAAAAUAAAAGGAAUGUGUUUCCUUGCUGAACUAUUAUUCAGUCAGAUGAUUAUGUCAUUGUUAAUAUUUUUGAGCUCCGUGGUUUUUUUCUCUCACUACGUGUAAACACUGCAUUAGUGGGUGAAAUUAAAUUGAGGGAACUACUUGAACUAUUUGCUAAGACAAAGCAUUAUUUGGGGAAUUCAGAAAGUGCCAGCAAAUGCUCUAUGCAAUUUUGUUCUUGCAAUAACACAAGAUAUGAAAAAUGUGGUAUUUGUAUAAGUAAGUUCUAUGUAAAAGGUGUUAAUUUGCUAA